CUUUAAUAUCACAUAUUGAAAUUGAGCUAGUACGUGGAUAUUGAAGCUUUUAACAAGAAAUAAAAUGUAGACGUCAGAAGGUACAGAUAAGUUAAUAGCUUGGGCAUUUCCUUCAUUCAACGCAUUCGGUUUCAAAUACGCGAAUUAUAUAUUUUUUUGAAAUGAGCAAGAUACAGCAUGUACUAAAAUAAUAAAAUACGUUUUAUUUUUAAUACUAGACGUACCUCAACGGUGAACAUUAAACGAAUACUUAAAUGCUGUAACUUAUUCAAUAUCAAACUAGAAAUCAAUUCACAAUGCUCUGCUGGACUACUGCUAUGCCUCUACGUUUGUUUAUUAAGUUGCUGGUAAUUUCGAAUGUAGUGUCAAACACGAUGGCGAGAUGGAGUUAUGAUUCAAUAAGUCCUGGUCAUACCAGACGAGCAAAGCAAUCUUUUACAAAAUCAACUGCUUUAGCAGCUGAAUUGUCAACAUCACCAUCUACUUACCGUUUUCCUGGCACAAAUGGUCAAUUCAGCAAAUUCCCACCGUGGAACACGCGUGUAAAUAUCAAUCAGCAAAAGUCUUUGUCUUUACAAUUUCGCACACAGCGCGAGAAUUCGUUUCUGUUGUACUUAGAUGAUGGCGGUCGAGGAAGUUAUAUAUAUCUGUCUUUGCGUAAUCGGACAAUUAGAUUACGAUAUAAGUUUGGCGACACUGCUCCUGCAGUACUUACUUGUGGAAGCAACUUAAAUGACAAACGAUGGCAUUCAGUUUCUGUGCAACGUGUGUCACCCUCCAUUACUUUGACUGUCGAUGGGAAUUCUGUCGUUGGUGUUAUACAAAUUACUUCUCAUUCGGAACUCAUCACUGGUAGUUAUACCUAUGUUGGAUCACUGCCAAAAAACUACCGGACACAAGCAUUGUCUUUACCAUUUGCAUUUUUUGAUGGAAAAUUUGUUGGUUCCGUUCGGCAAGUUAUGAUAAAUGGAAGAUUUGUGCGAACAAUUUCGAAGCAACAAGUUCAAGAAAUACCUGGAAAUCAACUAUGUUCCGAAUUGCGAAACCCGUGUCAAAACCAAGGUGCAUGUUACGUUAAAGAAGGAAAACAAGCAUGUGAUUGUUCCACCACAAGGUUCGACGGCAAGUUUUGCGAAUUACAAGUACAGAAAAACAAAGACUUCUUUGAAAUAUAUCAGAACGAUAGAGCCAUCGAUGAAGCUGUAGCAACGUUUCGUGGUUCAGAAUGGCUAAGUUAUGAUUUAAGCCAACAACCAGUUUCGAGUUACAGCGACCGGAUCAUUUUAUCAUUUAAAACAAGACAAAGAAAUGGUCUAAUGUUUCAUACAGGAAAAUCCGCCGACUUCGUGAAUCUAUCACUUAAACAAGGAGUGGUACAACUAGUUGUGAACCUUGGAUCUGGUGCAAUUGAAAUUUUGGUCGAACCAGUUAACGGUUCAUUUAAUGAUAACACUUGGCACUCAGUGACUGUGAAUCGGACGUUAAAAAGGACGACGGAUAGAAAAGGCGAUGCCAUGGUGGAUAUUGCUGUGGAUGAGGCUCGCGUAUUUUCGCGUCAUAUUCAAGACGAAUACUCUCAACUUACUCUGGAUGACGUCAUAUAUGUUGGGGGAAGUCCAGAUACGUCACAGCUACCCGGGUCUGAAAUUCCAAACAAUUUUAUUGGUUGUCUUAAAGAGGUUUCUUAUGCCAACAAUGACUUCAUGCGUUUGUCCUUGUCUCGGUUAGCUCGUGACCAUGAUAGAAGUCUAUCGGUUAACGGGAAUCUUGAUUUCGUAUGCGAAGAUGAAGACGUGACCGGUCCUCUUUCUUUUCUUACACCACAAUCGUAUCUUCUCAUACCUGGUUGGAAAAAUUCUCAUCAAGGGUCGAUAGAAUGUAAUUUCAGGACCAACGAGCCGAACGGUUUGUUAUUGUACGGCUCCGGUCAAUCAAGUGAUGUAUUUGCUUUGGAGUUGAACAGAGGCUUGAUGUACAUUGUUUGCAAUCUUGGAUCAGGGGUAUCAAGGUAUCGAUCCGACCGUAAUCGGCGACUAGACGAUGGGGAAUGGCAUCGUGUUUCAGUCAAUAGACAAGGAAAGGAUAUUUUGAUGUCAAUUGAUGGUGUGGCGAAACGCUUUCGAGUUGAGGGAAGUAAUACCAACUUAGACCUAAACGGACCGCUGUCCUUGGCCGGUGUGGAUUUUGGUGGAAAUUUCGAACGACUUCCUAACCUCUGGACUGCCCCCCUGCGGGAAGGAUUUGUUGGUUGCGUUCGUGAUCUACGUAUGGACGGGGAAGAACUAGAUGUCCAAUCGCUUGCUAAAUCACGGGGAAUCGGACUUACGCCGGCAUCAUUGUCACGGGAUAUUGGACCCUACUGCCGCAAUCUUGGUGAAAGCAAGUGUUCAUCAAAUCCGUGUUUUAAUGGAGCUACAUGUAAAGAUGGCGUGAACCGUUUUAUUUGUGAUUGCACCAAUACAUCUUACAAGGGAGACACGUGUAGUGAAGCUGUCAUGGCAUCAGGAUAUGAUGGAACGCAGUACAUGAGGUUUCCUAUGACAUAUACUGUUCAGACUGAAGGCGAAGAGAUUAGUUUAAGAUUCAAAACACCUCUUAGUUCAGGAUUGUUAUUUGCAACCACCUCGAAUAGGAGCAGAGACAAAAUUAUGAUCGAAAUCGUUCAAAAAGGUCGAAUCAAACUUACAAUCAAUAUAGACUGUUCAAUGAAAAACUGCACAGCACCUCGUCAAGGCCCAGACACAAUGUAUAUAGAAGGUGGAUUUAAUGAUCGAGCUUGGCACACAGUGACCGUGUCAAGAAGAGGACAAAGAGUUGCACUUAAUGUCGACGGGCGAACCAAACAAAGAACUCUUAUUGGGCGUCAUAAUAAAUUAGAGUUUGACAUCAUUCACCUCGGAAGAAUUAUGACAUCACAACCCACUUCCUCAGCCGGGAACUUGGAAAGAAAUGUUAUAACUAGUGGUUUUGUGGGCCAUUUAGAAAAUGUUGUUUUUAAUCAAAACUAUCUAAUAGAUAGUUGCAUGGAUUCGUCGAUACAAUGUGUUACAAAUGCAUCGUGGGGAAAUAGUUUCAUUGUCGCUAACCCAGUCAGUUUUCGUGGCCCAGACAGCUACAUAGCCCUCAGAACACUUGACGCAUAUGUGUCCAUGAACUUAUUCUUCAGUUUGAAGACAACUGUUCAAGAUGGUUUGCUUAUGUAUAACGCCGGAUCCGGUUCUGAUUUUAUCGCAGUUGAAAUUGUGGCAGGAAAAAUAUACUACGUCUAUAACCUUGGCAAUGGACCUCAGAUUAUGUCGGUUGCUCCAAUUGUAAACGACAACGAAUGGCAUGAUGUAAGAAUUAUCCGAGAUGAAAAAAAUCGUCACAUUCUAUCUGUUGACCGCGUUCAAGUGACUCAUCGCGGGACUUCAGCCAGAAAGAAUCUGGAUCUAAGUGGUGACUUGUAUGUUGGUGGUGUAAGGCAAGAUAUGUUUUACAACAAAUUACCUGAACAAAUUUCAUCACGAACUGGAUUCAGAGGUUGCAUAGGUUCUCUAGAUCUAAACGGAAGAAUAUCAAGUAUUAUCGGAAGAGACCAAAUUUCAUCGGCUGGGACGGUGGUAAUGGGUUGUUUAGCACCUACUGCUUCAUGUACGCCCGACUCAUGUAGCAAUGGAGGAAUUUGUCGGCAAGAAUGGGAUAAUUUCUCUUGCGAUUGUAGUAUGACGUCAUACGUGGGAAGACGCUGCCAACAACACGUUCGAACAUUGCCCGCGCCCAUGCAUUCGGUUGCCUUCUUGUUUUCUGGUGGAGCUAUCACAUAUAAACUUCCUCUACCGCAUCGAAGCGUUCGUUAUGACGUUCUCAAUAUCUACUUUGCAACAAGCUCAUAUAAUGCGGUGAUGGCGCGGGUGUACUCGGCCAUGACCUCGACACCAAAAGAUUACCUUCAGCUGUCCAUAGAAAAUGGUCGGGUGACUUUGCGUUUCAACAUUGGUAAUUCUGACGUCAAACUUCAAGAACACUCUCCAGUUUCUGAUGGCCAGUACCACACCGUGAGAGUACGUCGCAAGUGGAUGAAUGCCACUUUGCGAGUGGACAACUGGCCGGAAAGAACGGCAACCACUACAGGGGGUUCACGUGACAGGUUUGCCCUUGCAAAACCAUCUAUACCCACAUCAGUUCUUUCCACUGUUGAAACGUGGCUUAGAAGCAAAGAAUAUAGUAAUACUGUUUUCAACUCGCAAUCAGUCAUUCAAAUUGGUGGUCUUCUGGACCAGUCAUCGCCAUAUUUAAAUUCAAUGCGUUCGAAACGGUCACCAGGAAUCAGGAAAGCGUUUCAUGGACAAAUGAUGGGAUUUUUUUUCAAUGAUGUUAGAGUGUUCCAGUUAGCAGCACAAGGUGAUCCUAGCGUUCAACUAAUUGGAGAUGUAGAAAUAAUUGGAGAACAUUCUCUUGCAAAUCCAACAAUAUCCGCAAUAACGCCACCAACCACGACAAUGGCUACUCUUACAACAUUUUCGACAACCAAAUCCUCAAAGACAAUGGUCGGCAAUGGUUGUGAAGAUGAAGACUUAUGUCUUAACUCAUCAGGUGACAUUGAUUCGUAUCAACACAAUAUCGGGGUCUUCGCCGGGGACGGGACAGUCAAUCCUGGCGCCAGGAACGCAACGAGGCCAGUUUCAGCCGGCCUGAAUCGGAAAAAUCCGGUUUUUGUGACGCGCCUGCCGCCUCCGAUUCUUCCCGUCCGCCCGACGCGUCCUACCCCCCACACUUCUACCCCCUCACAUCGUAUUUUUAAUGACGACCACGUCACCGGAGCAGCCAAGUCACCAGAUGAAGACCAAACGAAAUCCGAAGUUGCUUUACCGAAAGUAACCCCAGCAAAGACGAACCAGAAUGGAAAUAUUAAUAUAAACUCGAAUCCACGUGAGAAUCAAAGUUUGAAUGUUCCUCAACUUGUCACUGGUUCGGUCCCAAUCAUUGAAGCAAAAACAUCGACAAUGACAACUGCUGUUAUAGCUGGCAUCGCAGCGGCAGCAACUUGUUGCGUGUUGAUACUUCUUCUUGUAAUGUAUCGAUAUCGGAACAGGGACGAGAUCUCAUACAAUGUCGAUGAACGAGAACGUAAUUAUGGUGUGAUGCCAAAUAAAGGAAAGAAAACUAUGAACGUUGGACAAAACGGUUUAGUGACAGGAAAAUCAAUUCUUCAAACUUCAGAUAAAGACAAAGAAUAUUACGUUUAGAGCAACUUAAACAUUAAAUAUUAUCAAUAAAGUAUUGCGAAAGCACGGCUGAAAUUAAGCCAAAUUUACACUAAGAACGAUUUUGUAUUUUCUUUUAUUAUCGAAUACCGCAUUACCAAAUAAAAUUACCUGUAUAAUUCUUUUUAAAAAAAUAUAACUGUACUGCUGUUACUUACGUACUGUUAAAAAGAGACGAAACCUGCUAUGCGGAUAGUGGUAAAACAUUAAACAUCCAAUUACAUGAA